CAGCCCCGCGCAUGCACCUUGCAUGUGGUGGUAAAAGAUUUAGGGACCGAAGGGGUUAAUAUGCUUGGGGGCAAAAGCAGCAGAUCAAACAGCUGAGCAAAAAUGUAAGAGACAGGUGAAAUGUGCUGCUCUGAAUAUGCCAUGACCUGCAGCAAUGCCCCUAGCAGCCAGCUGCAGAUGGCUCCUUCAUGCUGUGCACUGGGCUGUAUUCCGGUGUAAAGAACAGGGAGGCAAUCUGCUGCCAUGAGACGGUUCUAACCCGGUUUUGUCCCAUGCCCACAGGCAGGACUAAAACUAGGCUGUCACAUAGUUAGGGUUUGAGCCUGUCCCCACUGAAGCCAAUGGCAAGGCUCCCGCUGGCCACAGGAUCAGACCCUUCGAGCGCAGUGCUCGGACAGGGUACAUUUUGUAGUUUAAAUGGGCCCGGAGCGAGACAGAGGCUACAUGAGAACAGACAAAUGCUCUUUAGGCCCUAUGCCAAUCUUUGUCGGCUGAAUCUCUGUAACCCUUGUUCAUGCUAGUCUCAGAGCCCUGCCAACAACUGCGUUAAUACACAGUGGUGUCUGUCGUCAUUUCCCUGUGCAGCACGGACGAGGGUUUUCUCUUGUCUGGGAUGGAAGAUGGACCAGGCUGUAACUAAUGAGCAAUACUCAGGACUUGCAGUGUGCACGACCAGCAAUUCAGAGGUGCUGAGCACCCUCAUCAUCCAGUGUUGUUAGUGGGUGCUCAGAGCGCUCUGCUCCUCUAACUCCCUCGCUAGGUACCGCCUGAUGUUUUCCCGAAUACUACAAAAGCGUCAUUCAAACAAAUGCCUAUCCCCACCUCCGGCCCCCCAAGCCCUCCAGCAGCAGCCCCAGACACUGCAGUAGCACCAUUGCAUGCUGCAGUGGCUGGAUCAUUGGCAGAUAAUACAGGUUCAAUAGGGGCUGUUGAGUGUGGGAUAGUACCCGGAUUUUACACAUGGAGAAAAUGAGGCCCAGUGAGGUGAAAUGAACUUGUCCCAUGCUGCCACAGAGGCUUUGAACUCCAGGAGUUCCUGGCUCCCAGUUCUGUGCUCAGGCUCCUCGACUGUGCUGCCUCUAACUAAAGCACAACCUAUAGCACUUGAGAAAAUGGCUCUGUCCACGCAGGCUAAGACGGAUCCUACUGCUACAUCUGCAGAAGUGAAGCUGCUCUCCCCGGGGAAGAGCCAGCAUGCUGCAGUUGAGUUUCCGACUGCUUUCCCCACAGCUAUUGCAUCAAGGAGCUGUUUGAAACAUCCAGUGUGGCAGCAAUCCAGUUUGAACAUGGGCUUGGCACAAGGGAUUCUGACCUUUGUGGGGAUGGGGCCUUGAACAGAGGAAGGGAAUGCGGAGCCAUACGAGAGGUAUGCGAGAGCCAUGCAGCCCCCAGGAAGGUCCAGAGUACAGACUGAUUGUACUGGGCAAUAAAUCGUAUUAUUGGGUGUUCCCUGUCACACCCACAGAGCAGCCAGCAUGCAUUAUCUUUCCUCUUGGGGCAUCCCCUGCCCCACUUUGCCUAUAAAAGCCUGAAAUCAAUGUUUUUUGCCUCAUCCACCAAAAUGAAGCUGACAAAGGAAAAGCAGGAGAGCUCUGACACCUGCAGGGGCAGGAAGGGGAAAAUGACACUUCUGCUCGCAGGUGUAACGUUGGUGUCCGCCUUUGGAUCGUCUUUCCAGUAUGGUUACAAUGUCUCCGUGAUCAACGCUCCAGCUGUGUUCAUGCAAGAGUUUUACAAUCAAACCUACUUUGAUAGGAAGGGCGUCCCGAUGGAGAAUAGCUUCCAAACGCUGCUCUGGUCUCUCACGGUGUCUAUGUUCCCACUCGGAGGCUUCUUUGGGUCCCUUAUGGUCGGCCCUCUGGUGAACCAAUGUGGCAGAAAGGGCACUUUGCUGAUAAAUAACAUCUUCUCCAUUGUCCCCGCCAUCCUCAUGGGAACCUCCAAGGUGGCAAAGACCUUUGAAGUGAUCGUCCUCUCACGAAUCAUUGUGGGAAUAUGUGCAGGCCUGUCCUCCAAUUGUCGUUCCCAUGUACCUGGGAGAGAUGUCCCCCAAAACCUGAGAGGUGCGGUCGGGGUGAUGCCCCAGCUCUUCAUCACCAUUGGCAUCCUUGUAGCUCAGAUCCUGGGUCUAACUAACAUCCUUGGAAACCUUGAAGGCUGGCCAGUAUUAUUAGGGCUAACUGGAUCACCUGCAGUGGUGGAACUCCUCCUGUUGCCCUUCUUUCCUGAGAGUCCCAGGUACCUACUGAUACAGAAGGGCAAUGAAGGACAGCCAGGCAAGGCUCUGAAGAGGCUGAGAGGCUGGGAUGACGUGGAUGAUGAGAUCGAAGAGAUGCGUCAGGAAGACCAGUCAGACAAGUUGGAAGGUCGUCUGUCCGUGUUCAACCUCUGCACCUUCCAGGCCCUGCGGUGGCAGCUCAUCUCCAUCAUUGUCAUGAUGAUGGGCCAGCAACUUUCUGGAGUUAAUGCGAUCUUCUACUAUACAGACAAAAUCUUCAAGUCUGCGGAUGUGAAUGAAAAUGACGUGCAGUAUGUCACCGUGGGGAUAGGUGCAGUCAAUGUGUUCAUGACAUGUGUAGCGGUUUUCAUCAUUGAGUCCCUGGGGAGGAGACUUCUGCUUCUCACUGGCUUUGGGAUCUGCUGUAUAUCCUGUGCUGUGUUAACGAUGGCCCUCAACCUCCAGGCCACUGUCUCCUGGAUGCAGUACCUCAGCAUAGCCUGCGUCAUCGUCUAUAUCAUUGGACAUGCUAUCGGAGCUAGUCCAAUCCCCUCUGUGAUGAUAACUGAAAUGUUCCUGCAGUCGUCUCGGCCUGCGGCCUUCAUGGUGGGUGGAUCUGUGCAUUGGCUCUGCAACUUCACGGUGGGGCUCGUCUUCCUUUACAUGGUGGAAGGGCUUGGAGCCUAUUGCUUCCUUGUCUUCUGCGCCAUCUGCCUGGUCACUGUCAUUUACAUCUUCAUCAUUGUCCCCGAAACCAAGGGCAAAACCUUCAUGGAGAUCAAUCAGAGCAUGGCCAAGAGGAACAAGGUAGAAAUCCAGAUUGACAAACAAAAGCUGAAUGAUUUCCAGCCUGCCUCAGAGACACCGAAGAAGAAGGAAGAAGCACACUCAGUCAGUGUGCUCUGAUCUGGUCCAACAUCCCGAUUGACACAGUGAUGACCAGGGUUUCUCUUCAGUGGGGUAGCAGCUUCCUGACUGGACCUUUGCUUUUUCAUUCAAAACUUUGUCUGCAUGUCUCCCACAGUGGGAGAGCAUCCAAAGAAGCCAGAGAGCAGAGUCCGCAUUAGCUGCUCCCUGCCAGCACUAGCGUGAAUGUUGGUGGUAAUGUUUGGGUUUAGAAAAUUAAUCUCCUUUCUCUGCAUUCACAGGUUGAGCUAACUGUGGGCCGUAACUCUCAGCCAGCAAAAAAUUGUCACUUAAUUCUUAAGUAGCACGUCCAAAGUGCUGUGCAAACUCAUCCAAAUUCUGGAGAGGUGUGUAUCGCUGUCCCUGUCUUACAGAUAGGGAAACUGAGGCAGUGAAAUUUGCAGAGCCAGGAUUAGAUCCCACAAGGGCCUACCUUCCAGCCCUGCUCUGGCCAGUAGACUGUGCUGUCCCCUAGUGGAUGUAGGCUGCCAAUUCAAUGGGAGCAGCAUAACUCUGGUGUAAUUCCGGUACAAAACAAAACAAAACAAAAAAAUACCAAGAGCAUGGUACAAUGAAUGCUCUGGGGCUGGGUAGGGAGUGGAUCAGUGAGGGGCCCUGGUUCACCCUCAGGACCUGCUCCGUGCGGCUGACUUAGGGCCCGUCCAGCUGCAAGAGAGACCCCGCUCGGGAUGCAGUGUGGGAGAUGACUCCAUUCAGCAUCCAGACCUGGCUGUGCGGAGGGGAGAGAACUCUCGCCGUAAGUGUAACACCCCGCCCCUGCGUUCCUGCUGCCUGGAGACCGGGACACGUGGGGGUAUCACCCCGGUGCUCCAUCUGGCAGAUUUGACUCUUCGGGCCUCUGUAGCAUAACACAACAUCAUGUAGCAAUGUGGCCGGGAGCGUUGCCACCGUGACACAGGGUCCAAGCUAUGGUGCCAUGCCUGACUUCCCAGCAACGGAGCAAACGCAGGUCCUCCCCCUCCCUCCCCCUGCUACUCUGGGUGUUUUUGCACCCCUGGGUUCUUGAUCUCAGUGGGUGCCAUUGAACCCAUGAACCCCCACUAAAGUUGCCCCUGGUGCUGCCUGUCCAGUUAACUAUCCUUAAUGCAGUUUCUGUCACACAUAGCAGGGCUGGGACAAACCAUCUUGAAGCUAACUAGACCUCUCCCAGGUCACUGCCAAGCAAGCAGGUUCACAACACUCUCUGGCUUUUGUCAUCACUGGAAGUAUUGUCCCAUUCCACCAUUCAAGUCAAUGUUGCCUAAAGAGCCACCCAAGGAAAACUGAGUGGUUGGCCCUUUGCUGUAAUCCUCCUAACCAGACAGAGGAAGCUGGUGCCUUUGAGAGCCAGUGGGCAGAAGUGUGACGAUCCUUGAUGUGGCAAUGGCUAGCGAAAGGGGGUGGUCCCAGGAAAGAAUUGGUGAGGAAGAGGUUAACAUUAGCCCUUAAUGCAGAAAGGGCUCUUGAUAGGUUGUGUUGGAAUGAUUGGUUUGUAGCUGUAAAUAAAUCUGAUUUGAUGAAAACUUCUGCACGUGGCUGUUAUGGUACAGGCUGAAAGAGGUUUCUGCAUCGCAAACGGUUGCUCAUUGCAAACGUUCUCAGUACAUUGAGGGCCUUGUCAGGAUGGCCGGCUCGCUCUUGUUGUGUAACCCUUCUAGGUGGCCUGUAGUAGAGAUGCCACGGGUUGGCUGUCCUUAAGAAUGAGUUUGACAGCCCCAAAGAAUGACACUUUCCAGGUGGUGUGGUAGGUCAUUGCUUAAGACAGGGACUCUCAUCUUUUGGUCCU